GUGUGUGUGUGUGUGUGUGUGUCUCUGUAGCCAGUUUGGCUCAGGCCACCUUGGCGCUCGAGCGCCGGCGCGGCGCGCGAGGGGCCUGCCCGCGGCGGGCCCCGCCGCCCGCGUGUUUUUCGGGGCCCUGGCCGGAGAGGCCACAUGGCAGAGGGCGCCGCAGUCCUCGACGGCACCUUCGGGCACGAGGCCAGCGGCGCAGCGGCGCAGGAGCCCGAGCCGGGCCUCUUCGAGCUCUUCCUGCUCGCGCCCCUCCCGCUGCAGCCCGCGCCCAGCGCCUCCGGCACCGCCCCGUUCGCGGCCGUGGACCCCGCCGCCGCCCAGGAGCCGCUCGGCGUCGGGGCGCUGGCGGCCGCGCCGUCGCGGCUGCUGCGCUUCGCGCUGCCGAGGCGGGUGGAGCUGAGCGAGGCGAAUUCGGACAGGCCGUGCACCGCGUCCUUUGCGCUCACAGACGCGCGGGGGGACCACGCCUACGGCUGCGCCAUGACUGUGGUGCACGAGGACGAGGA